AUGAAGGAGACAGGCAGUGGAAACCUCACCACCAUCUCCCACAUCCUCCUUCUGGGAUUUGGGAACCUCAAGGAACUGUGGAUCCCACUCUUUACUGGCUUCCUAGCUGUCUAUAUCAUAUCCAUGGCCGCCAACCUCCUCCUGGUGGUGCUGGACCCCCAUCUCCAGACCCCUAUGUAUUUCUUCCUCUCCAGCCACUCCUGCCUGGUGAUUGUCUCCAGCUCCAACAUCUCCCCUGUGAUGCUCACUGGUCUCCAGACAGGCAAUGUGAUGAUAACUCUUGGCGGCUGCCUUGCGCAGCUUUAUCUCUUCGGCGCCCUGGCCACCGUAGAGUACUUCCUGCUGGCAGCCAUGUCUUAUGACCGGUAUUUGGCCGUGUGCCGCCCACUCCACUACCCUUCCCUCAUGGACGGCAGGGUCUGCAGGCAGCUGGUGGUUGGGUCCUGGGUGGGCAGGUUCCUGUUCAUGGGGAUUUUGUCACUGUCGCUUAUAGCCUUGAGCUUCUGCGGGCCCUGCGAGAUAGACCACUACUUCUGUGGUUUCCAGCCCCUCCUGGAGCUCUCCUGCACCAACACCUCCAUGGUCCAGAUGGUCACAUUCUUCCUGUCCUUCAUCCCAGCCUCCCCAUUCCUCCUGACAGUCGCUUCUUACGUUUGCAUCACCUGGGCUGUGCUGAGGGUCCCCUCUGCCUCGGGGAGACACAAAGCCUUAUCCACCUGCUCCUCCCACCUCACCGUGGUGAUACUGUUCUACGGAACGCUGGUGGCCGUGUACAUGUCCCCCAGGGACGGCAUGGGUCUGAACCCCAGCAAGGCACUCUCCCUGCUCUACACAGUGCUCACCCCACUCCUCAAUCCCCUCGUCUACAGCCUGAGGAACCAGGAGGUGAGCAAGGCCUGCGGGAGAGUUGCCAGGAUGGUCUCAUUGGGGGGUUAUGCCACCGGACGGUCUCCAUCUCAUGGCCCACCCAAUAGCUGCUAA